AAAAAAUAACAUCUCGUAAUAUGAUGACAUGAAAUUACACUGAGCACGCAAACAACGCACAUCUUUCGUAAUUUCCGGUGCGUCGUAUCGUUGCUUGGACACGAUCUGCAGCUUGCGGCAUCGCCUCUGAAGUUUUGCACUUGCUUGCAGAGGCCUGUUGUUCCGGUAAUCUUGUUCACUCAAAGGGUGGUUAACGACUUUACCGAAAUGGAGAGAGCAACCAGAUGUAUUCCAAUUCCAACUGCAAAACGGUUUGUUAAGCAAUGUAUUGUUGCUGGUGGUGCAAAAGAAGUUCAUGCACAAGCAAUGGCAGAUACAUUGAUAGCCGCAGAUCAUAGAGGGCAUUUCAGUCAUGGCUUAAACAGACUGGAGAUGUAUGUCAAAGAUAUACAAACUGGAAGUACGGUUGGAGAUGGGGAACCAGUUACCUUGAAGGAGUCUGCUGCUACUGCACAUGUUGAUGGCAAAAAUAAUCUUGGUCCUGUUGUUGGAAAUUAUUGCAUGAAACUCGCUAUUAAGAAAGCAAAAGAAUGUGGUGUUGGUUGGGUCGUUGCAAAGGGAUCAAAUCACUAUGGAAUAGCUGGAUUUUAUGCCUUACAGGCAGUAGAAGAAGGACUUGUGGGAUUUUCAUUCACAAACACCACACCAUGCGUGAAAGCCAACCGAUCAUAUGACUUUACUCUUGGCACAAAUCCUAUUGCUUGUGCCGCUCCUGCAAUUGAUAAAGAUGCUUUUGUUUUGGAUAUGGCAACUAGUACCGUAUCAUCCGGAAAAGUAGAAAUGAAUGGAAGAAAAGGAAUACCGAUCCCGAAUGGGUGGGGAGCGGAUCCAAAUGGAAGAGAAACAAAUGAGCCCAGUGAAGUGUUGAAUGGUGGAGGAUUGUUGCCACUAGGAGGAGCAGAGGAGUCUGGAGGAUAUAAAGGCUACGGAUUAGCAAUGAUGGUGGAAAUGUUGUGCGGAAUACUUGGUGGUGGAGCAUAUGGUCCAAAUGUUAGGAAAUGGGGAACUACUUCAAGAGAAGCUAAUUUGGGUCAGUGCUUCAUUGCUUUAAAUCCUGAUAUGUUUUGUGACGGUUUUGGAGAAAGAAUGCAGGAUUUGAUGGAUUCACAACGUAAUUUAACUCCAUCAGAAAAGGACAAACCUGUUUUGGUUGCUGGAGAUCCUGAAAGAAUGCAUAUUAAAAAAUGUGAAGAAUUAGGCGGAAUUCCUUAUCCAACUAAUGUGGUUGAUCAUAUGAAUGGACUUGCCAAAGAACUUGGUGUAAAACCUAUGUAAUCAAAAACAUCACAUAUAUGAGCAGGUGCAAUAUGAAUACGAACAAGGUUCAGCAUUAUGCUUUGUGGAGACAAUGACGAUAGUUCCUGACAUUUUGAAUUUUUCAACUAAUCAUCAAUGCAUUAAAGUUGCCCUCUUGCUGGCUAAUUGCACUUAA